AGCAAAAUUUAUAUCUGGUAGCAGCCAAGAGGCUUCCCGAUGGAUUCACGUUCGUCGUGUUUACGCUCGUUGUUUAUUAUUUUUCUUUCGACAAUCGUGCUGGCCUAGAGCUGGCCUUUUCCCUCAUCCGGGAUCGUCGCGUUCGCAUCCCGUUUCUAACCUAAAGAUCCGUCAUCUUUGUGAUACGAGACAGAUACCUGCACCCGAAACGAGAUGAAUGUCAUGAUCUUUUGAUAGAAACAACGCGUCUCGUCGUUGACAAGCGCGCACGUACGGGACUUUCUUUUAUCUUCCUCGGCUUAACAUCGCCCGUAGGCUUGUGGGAGACACAAAGAGACGAUCCCCCCGACCACCUGGGAAAACGGCAUUUCGUCCUAAGUUACAGUUACUAUACUUAUAAACCCUAAUACUACUACUGCGUAUAGUAAUGUCUGUCCCUCCUUCAUCCUCCAACAAUAUAUCUGACAAUAAUAAACUAGGCGGUGCCAGUCCUAGUCCGAUCGAGGGUAUUGAGGGAUUGCCAGGACCAAGUUCUUUGGAUCCUAUGCAUUCAGUUUUACCACAAGAUGAAGAAUCUGAGGAUUAUGGAGAUGACGAGGAUGAGGAUGAGGACGAGACCAGUGAAGGAGAAAGUGAAAUUAGUGACAGUGGAUUAUUCUGUGAUACGGAGUGUACAGCAGAGGUGGAGAGUAACAAUUGUCAAUCACCAGUAUCACAGUCUCAAGCGGUCUUCUUUGAACAAGGUCAGAGUCCAGUGUCGCAUAACUGCGUGCCAUCCGAUGUUAUUCAGUCUCAAAGAAAGCGAAAGAGUGAAACAGAGUAUUGCUUGCCGUGUAAAAAACUCAAUCCAGAAGAAAAACCUCACACAAUAGUUGCAAGAAAGCUAGAUGAUAAAAGCAAACAUGUAAGAAGUGUCAUUCCUACUAAGGACAAUCCUCCACCUGAAAUGAGUAGUUGGCUUUUGCAAUUUCAGAGGUGGUCAAACGCAGAGAGAAUGUUGGCGAUAGAUGAAUUAAUAGAAAGAUGUGAGCCUACGCAAGUGCGUCAUAUGAUGCAGGUGAUAGAGCCGCAGUUUCAGAGAGACUUCAUAUCUCUACUUCCAAAAGAGUUGGCAUUGUCAGUGUUGGCCUUCCUGGAACCGAAGGAUCUUCUGCGAGCGGCGCAGACUUGUCGGAAUUGGCGGUUUUUAGCCGAUGACAAUCUUCUGUGGAAGGAAAAAUGCAAAGCGGCCGGUAUAGAAGAUCUAAAAGACCUGCCACCGCCGAAACGGAAAAACUGUCGAAGUGGUAGUAAUUAUAGUUCGUCGCCGUGGAAACAAGCUUAUAUGCGACAACACAAUAUUAAGAUGAACUGGCGAAUGAAACCGAUUCGCGAGCCAAAAGUGUUGAAGGGUCACGAUGACCAUGUAAUUACAUGUCUACAAUUUUCGGGCAAUCGGAUAGUUAGUGGUUCGGAUGACAAUACCCUCAAAGUGUGGUCUGCCGUUUCGGGCAAGUGUCUACGAACAUUAGUCGGGCAUACCGGAGGUGUGUGGUCCUCUCAAAUGUCUGGCACCAUUGUUAUCAGUGGUAGUACAGAUCGUACUUUAAAAGUAUGGAAUGCAGAGACCGGACAGUGCAUUCAUACAUUAUACGGUCAUACUUCAACAGUGAGAUGCAUGCAUCUCCACGGUAACAAGGUCGUGAGUGGUAGCAGGGACGCUACGCUAAGAGUGUGGCAAAUAGAUACAGGAGAGUGCUUGCAUGUGCUCGUGGGACAUCUAGCAGCAGUCAGAUGUGUGCAAUACGACGGUAGAUUGGUAGUCAGUGGUGCUUACGACUACCUAGUAAAAGUUUGGAAUCCGGAGCGCGAGGAGUGCCUUCAUACCUUACACGGACAUACCAAUCGCGUUUAUUCUCUCCAGUUUGACGGUGUGCACGUUGUUAGCGGAUCGUUGGACACGAGUAUAAGAGUAUGGGAAGUAGAAACCGGUGCUUGUAGACAUACUCUUAUGGGUCAUCAGUCGCUCACCUCGGGAAUGGAAUUGCGCAAUAAUAUUUUAGUAUCCGGCAAUGCUGAUUCCACCGUUAAAGUAUGGGACAUCGUUAGCGGUCACUGCCUUCAAACUCUUUCCGGUCCGAACAAACAUCAGUCCGCGGUUACUUGCCUUCAGUUCAAUAGCCAUUUUGUGAUCACGUCCUCCGACGAUGGUACUGUAAAACUCUGGGAUGUUAACACUGGUGAUUUUAUUAGGAAUCUAAUUGCACUAGAAAGCGGGGGUAGCGGCGGUGUCGUGUGGCGGAUCAGAGCGAGUGAUACGAAACUAGUGUGUGCAGUAGGUAGUCGUAACGGUACCGAGGAGACGAAACUGCUUGUCCUCGAUUUCGACGUUGAGGAGCAUUUGUCAACGAUGGCAGACGAAAACGAGGCGACUGAGACGUAAACUACUUCGAGGCAAAAUGACAUUAUUUGAAGAAUCUCAUACUCUCCCUGGAGCAAACGAGAAAAUCGACGACAAUUCCGACACAUCACAUUAGGUCUCAAAAGACUCUUGAUAUAAGAUCAAUUGAUCUUGAUGUAAAAUCCAGAUCUUAAUAUGGGAUAAAGAGAAUUGGAUCAGUUGAUCUUUAUAUAAGAUCAAUAAGAUAACAUUCAAGUGUUUUCUCUCUUUAUAUAUACUUAUAUAUAUACAUAUAUAUAUCUUUUGCCAACGCUGAUUUGUUUCUUUUCCGCAAUAAUAAAUACAUAUGUGCGCAGCCCUCACAUCACUCAGCAUAUGCAGCUCAACUUCUUCGCGCGAACUUGGGGCAGCGUUUCCUGGCAAAAGGGCAAUUGGAAAACAGACCCUUUUUUUUUUUUUUUUUUUUUUUUUUUAUCCCUCUCGAACUUUCUGACUGACUUAUAUCAGGAGUCUACCGUAUACAGACUUUUUUUUUUAUGAAAAAUUCUCAAACUUGUUUGUAUAAAUAAUGACAUUGCAUAAUUUUAUCGGACAAAUCGAUUAAUCAUUGAAUUACUUUCUGUCAAAUUAGCUUCGAUCUAUUUCCUGAUGAAGUAACUUUAGGUUUUACUUGCCUGUAUAAUCAUCGAUCUGGUUAAAGACAAAUAUUUUUAUAAGAUGUUUACAAGCUGAUAUUUUCAUAUUAUUAACAUUUUACUCGAAGAAAGAGCGCGAAGAUAUCGGCAAUCGAAUACGACGAUAAUUCGAAUCAGAUUUAAUCUUUUUUUUAUUCGUAAUAAAAAAAACUUGUUUACAAGUGUUGCAUGUGUGUGUUUUUUCUGUCGUGGUGCAAUAUAAAAUUUAAAAAAAGAAAAAAAAUUAACUUGUUCACGUGCAAUACAGAUUUUACAGAUAAACGAUGAACAACAGUAACAGUUUUGCACAGAAUUAGAACAAAACAUUUAUUAUUUUCAUUAAUUGGGAACUCCUGGGCGUUUCUGCAGCUAUAUUUAUGCCUUUAUUAAUGAAGUUGCAUUAAUGAACGUCUCAAUGAAAUAUGUACAGUAGUAUAUAUGUAUAGUAGGGAGCACCAUAUCGUGCGGGUCCAGGGGAAAUAUUUUUCGGGAAUUUCUUUGGAUGCUCUAUACUAUCGCGCGCCAUUCUUCUUCGGUCUCCGCCAACGGUCCGAAAUCGAAGGAGAAGAGCGCGCAGUAAUAGGAGCAGCUAAAGAAGAAAUUUCCGAGAAAUACUUCCCCUGGAGCCGCACGAUACGGUGCUCCCUGCUGUAACUUCACGUAUAAACGCCCAUGUAUGUAUGAAUUUUUGUUUUGCGUUUUAGAUCGAGAUAAAGAAGUUUUUUUUAUCUGAUAUUUGACGCUUUCGCGGUGUAUUGUAUUAACUGAUACUGGUAUCAGGCUGCUCUUGAAACCCUGAUGAAGUGAGUUGAAAUGUUCACGAAACGUCGGUAUAAAAAUGACAUUAAAAUCGCGAUUCAAACCCGAAAAACAUCGUCGAAGUUUCUCUUAUGCCAUCGCAUUUGAAAACUUAAAUUGGUAAAAUAAAAAUGGCUUUUUAAAAAUCUUUUUUUUGUUAUAUAAAUUUACUCUAUGUUCAAAGAUUUAUAGACGUUUACGAACCUAUAAAUCGAAAAAAGAAGAUUUUUGAUAAAUUAGUAUCAAUUUAAACUUUCGAAUUAUGCUGAUAGUAAAAAAAAAAAACUAUUCAAUGUAAGUUGCAAAACAAAAACUCACGCAAAAGUUUCUCACAUCACAAUUCAAAUAUGGCUGCAGAAAUGUCUAGGAGUCUUAAAAAAAAAAACAAUUUUGAUCUCACUCUAAGACUGAUAUUCUCGUGUAUAUAGUUAGAUCUUGUAUUUAAGAUUGUCUUAAAUUCAGCUUCAGAUGAAUCCGUAAAUCCAACGAAAGGAAUGGCAUCUUAACAUAAACUUAAAAUGAUCGUAAAUAUAAGAUCGGAUAUUAUGUGAGUAUCGGCCUGACUGGUGAGCAACUUGAGACUUUCUUAAAAGGAGAAUAUUUGUAUUAGCCAGAUCUUUCCAUUUAGCACGAAUUAUACGACGAAGACUUAGAUCACGACAGCGAUUGUCGAUGAUGUGUAUUUUAUAUGGAUUCUACUGAAUCACAUGUCAUGAAUGGCAUUAUCUGCGUAAUGCAAUUUGUGCAAAUGCAUCUUUUUAUUAUUGGACCUAGGUUAGACUAGGUGUCGUGUUUAUUUGUAUAUUGCUCAAUAGUUUAUAUUAUAAGAAUGUGUUACCUGUUGUAUCAUUUCUUUUUUUUAUAUAUAAGAAAUAGAAAAAGAUGUUGCCGCAUAUUUUAGAUUGUUUUUUUUUUUUUUUUUUUUUAUUACAAAUUACUGUACACACGUUCUUGUGCUAAGAAACAUAUUUUGUACAAAAUAAAUGUUCGAUUUCGACCUCUUUCUACAUAAAUUGUGAAUAAUGUCUCAUUUAUAUUACGUCAGAGUGUCUGCUGUCUGAAAAAUCCUGAAAUUCUUUGAGAAAUUUUGUUGACAAUUUUUUCGAGAACUGAUAAAUGCAAUUGAAUUUGUUCAAUUGGUUUUUUGAAUAAAUUUUUUCGCGAUCUGGCAUUUGAAAACUUUUUUCUUUGUGAGGAAAAAGAAGCAAAGAAAAAAGUUUGAUCUUUUUUUUACGCAAUUUGAUUUAUCCAACAAAUUCUUUGAGUGUUUUUUUUUUUUACCUGACUUACACAUUUCAAGAUUUUUUAC